AGAAAAGAAGGGGACUUUUGACCUUGAUGAUGCUACCCGGGAAUUUGGUGCUAGAUUUUUUCUUUGGUCUGUGGAAGCGAGUCGGUUGAAGGAAAAUGACUUCUGAGAAGGAUGAAAGUGAGGAUGCCCCGCAGCCAGAAUACAACUGGACAGGGAUCGUCAUAUCAGCCCUGGUCAUCACGGUCAUCCUGAGUCUGGUGGUCAUUUCAACCAUCAUGUUGACCCCGACUGGAGAAGGUCAUAAUGCCACUGACAUCACCUUGUCCAUGUUUUUGUCUGGGGACCUGGACCCGAGGCUCUUCAAUGGCACUUGGCUUUCCAGUACCCAGUUCGUCUUCAAGACAGAAGAAGGUGGGAUUAAUUUGUUUGACGUGAAUACGCUUUGGAGUUCUGUGCUGGUCCCCAGUCGUGUUAUGGCGUGGCACAACCCAAAGGAAUACGUUGUUUCACCGGAUGCUUCCGACGUGCUGUUCAUCUCUGAAAUCAAACAACUCACAUAUCGCGGAAAGGAAGCUAAAUAUCUGGUCUAUCACAUUGAUUCGGAUCGCACGCAUCCAGUUUCCCCUCCACCGCAUCCCCACCCGCAUUCAGCAGACAAGGACAAGAUUCAAAGACUGCAAUUUGCCACUUGGACCAGGUUUUCGCGGAAGCCAUUUUCAGGCGGCAAAAACUCGAAAUUCAGCAACUCCGUGUCAGACGGCAACAGCGAUCAGCUGCCUAUAGUGUCUGCUGGUGCUGCUGGGGGCCCAUCAGAACCCAUCAACAGCGGGUCUCCGCACGGGAACGGACUCGUUUUCGUGCACAAAAAUGACGUUUACUUUAAGCCGUCUGCGAGGCACAGGACUGUGGAACGGAUCACCACUGAUGGAGUCCCUGGUGUGGUGUACAAUGGUGUCCCUGAUCUGGCCCUUGAGGAAAACAUCUUCACUGGAGGACAUGCCAUUUGGGUGUCACCUGAAGGCAAGAAGAUGGUGUUUGCCAAAUUCAAUGACAGUGGCUUGCCUGAGGUUCUUGCGCCCACUUACUCUUCACGGUCCUGGUCUCCAAAAGAAGCUGGAGACAUUAUUGGGAAAGACCAACAACAGCAACCCUUGCCUCAGGAAAUCUCUGGGGGAAAGGUUUUCAGGAUGCCCAAGGCUGGGUCUUCAGUUCCUGAAGUGACUCUCUGGAUUGCUGAUUUGACAAAACCUGUGAAGAAAGCACAAGUCAUGGUUCGACCACCUAUUGGAUUUCAAAAUGCGUGGGUUUUGAGAAUUUCUGAAAAAGUGAUUUUCCAACCUCAGUUUCGUGGGUUGAUGAAUCAAAAGUUUCUGUUGUGUGGACUANUGACAAAUUUCAGUCGCACGCAUCCAGUUUCCCCUCCACCGCAUCCCCACCCGCAUUCAGCAGACAAGGACAAGAUUCAAAGACUGCAAUUUGCCACUUGGACCAGGUUUUCGCGGAAGCCAUUUUCAGGCGGCAAAAACUCGAAAUUCAGCAACUCCGUGUCAGACGGCAACAGCGAUCAGCUGCCUAUAGUGUCUGCUGGUGCUGCUGGGGGCCCAUCAGAACCCAUCAACAGCGGGUCUCCGCACGGGAACGGACUCGUUUUCGUGCACAAAAAUGACGUUUACUUUAAGCCGUCUGCGAGGCACAGGACUGUGGAACGGAUCACCACUGAUGGAGUCCCUGGUGUGGUGUACAAUGGUGUCCCUGAUCUGGCCCUUGAGGAAAACAUCUUCACUGGAGGACACGCCAUUUGGGUGUCACCUGAAGGCAAGAAGAUGGUGUUUGCCAAAUUCAAUGACAGUGGCUUGCCUGAGGUUCUUGCACCCACUUACUCUUCACGGUCCUGGUCUCCAAAAGAAGCUGGAGACAUUAUUGGGAAAGACCAACAACAGCAACCCUUGCCUCAGGAAAUCUCUGGGGGAAAGGUUUUCAGGAUGCCCAAGGCUGGGUCUUCAGUUCCUGAAGUGACUCUCUGGAUUGCUGAUUUGACAAAACCUGUGAAGAAAGCACAAGUCAUGGUUCGACCACCUAUUGGAUUUCAAAAUGCAAGUGAUUUUCCAACCUCAGUUUCGUGGGUUGAUGAAUCAAAAGUUUCUGUUGUGUGGACUAACAGAAGACGAGACCAUGCAAUUCUGUCUUUGUGUGAAGCCAAGAGCAACUGGCAUUGCAAGACGGUGUUUACUGAGAAGAACAAGGCAGGAGGAAGUGCUUGGAUUGGAGGCAACCCACUUUAUUCCAUUGAUGGUAAACAUGCAGUGUUUCUGUCUGCCAAGCCUCUGUGGGGCAUCAAGCAGAUCAGGAUUGCUGAGCUGAGUUCAACUGAUGGAGGGGAACAGAAAUCAGACUUGCCAAGAGACUUUGACUUUGAUUUCUUCAGUUUUGAGCCUACUGAACUGCUGGGAUGGGAUGAGAAGGAGAACUUCAUCUUAUUUAUGGCAAAGAUGAAUGGAUCACAGCGCCAUCUGAUGUCCAUGGGAGACCAUAGUGCAGACUUUGGUCAAGUCUUGAAAGUAUACUGCAUCACAUGUGACUUGGCUCUCAAUGAGACUGAAUCUUCCUCACCAUUCUACAGGCAUCAAUGCCUUGCUUUUAGAGCCUGGCUCAGUCCUUCCCUUGGUCAUUAUGUUUUGGAAUGUGCUGGUCCCAGGAUUCCUUGGGCUUGGUUGUUUGCAUCUCCUGGUCAUGAGCCCAUUGUGGCUCUAGACACAAAUUCAGACAUGACUGCUGCCACUGAGGACCUGACAAUGCCUGAAUUCAUGAAGUACAAGAUAGAGUUUUCAGAUGGAUUCACUGAUAAGAUCCCUUUGAUCUUGCCUCAUGGGAUCCACCCACGCUACACCUUUGACACUGAAAUCAAAUAUCCCAUUGUGAUUCAAAUGGGAGCAGCUCCUGGAUACAACAAAGAUGAUACCCAUGAGUGGGUUAUGCACUGGGGAAUGUCUUUGGCUUCUUCCAAGGACAUGAUUUAUGCUUUGAUCCAGGUGGAAACGGAUCCUCCAGUGGAUGGACAACCCAAGGAAACCACUUUGGGCAGGUUCAAUUUGAAUAGGCAGUUGGAAGCAGUCAAGAUUCUCUUGACAGAGUUGCCAAUUGUGAACCAGUCCAUGGUUUUGGUCUGGGGUUGGGGUGAGGGUGGGUACUUGGCUCUGGAAGCCAUGGCUGAGAUGGUGGAUCCAGUGAUCAGGUGUGGGAUUGCUGUUGCUCCCAUCACUUCUUGGAAUCAUGUCAAUUUGUUUCUGUCAGAAACAUACUUGGGCGAGUACACAGCAUUCUCAGCCAACUUGUACAACUCUUCCGGGUUAUUACACAAAGGCAAAAGCUUUGGAGACAAGUACCUGCACUUGGUCACUGGAACACAGGAUUCCAGGUUUCCUCUAGUACACUCCAUGCUGUUCUCCAAGGCUCUCACUGCUGCUGACGUCAUGUUUUCUCAGAGGAUUUAUCCGGAUGAAGGUCACGGGAUGACGGGAGUGACCCAGCAUUUGUACGAGUCAAUGGAGAAAUUCCUCAGGGAGUGCCUUCAUCCAGUGUCGGAUCCGUUUGAAGAGCAGCGAGACAUUCGCAAGUCGAGAGUGAAGAUGCACAAAAUGGGCAAGAUUUCUUUGUCGGACGAUGAAAAGCCUUGGAACAAGUUUGAUCAUUUCUAGGGAUUAUUUUAAAUCCCGCAUUUGUUCCCCGUUUUUUUUUUCUAAGUCAUUUUCAAACUUGCCUCAUCCCUGCAUUUUUUUUAGUUGCACUAAAUUUCUACAAGAAGGGAAAGGAAAAAGAAAAAUUAAAAUUUGAACCCAUAUAUACUGUAUAUUCAAUUUCAAAGAAAUGCUGCCCUUGGAAUGAUAGGGUACUGUAUGUUAAGGGGUGUUCUCACAGAUUUUGUCUGUCUUUUGUUUCUAUGUCAUAUGAUGUGGGUGUAAAAGAUUUUUCCAAUAAUUGUAACAUUUGAUCAUUUUCUGGAAAAUGCUGUACUUAGAUUAUCAUGGUUUAAAACCCAUGUCAUUAUUGCUAUUUCAUAAAAAAUAAAGAAAGCUAUUUCAUGAUUUUACAGAGUUACAGAAGUCUAGGCACAUGCUCUCCAAGUUUUCCCUCAAAACUUUUGAAACAUAUUUUAAAAGGGAAAUUUUCAAGGCCAAACAUUCCUUUUCUCAUUAGAAAAAAAAAUUCUCUCAAUAUGAAAAUACUUACUUUUAUUAUGCUGAGUAUGAAGAUUAUGCAAAAAUGUGAAUUGCCAGGGCUGCAAUUGAGGAAAAUGGUCAAAAAUUUAAUAAAGAUUAAUUUCUAAAAGGUUUAAAUUGUUAUGAAAUCACCAUGCUGGAGUAUUUGACUCAGAAACUUUAUCCGAAUUAUGGACUUGACAUGAUUCUUGCCAUUGUAUGUACUAUAAACUUUUUUUUUCUGUGGAGUUCUGUGAUCUGGUACCAAUCCUAUAGGUGUCGCCCCUAAAUAGUAAUUGAAGCAUAAUCUUUUCUUGGUUGUGGCAGUUGAAACUUUUUUUUUUUGAAUUUUGUUACCAUUUCAGCAGCAAUUGAUAUUUAUCUCUCUUUUUUUUUUUGGAAGUUGAGGAUGAAAAUGUGGAGAGUCUUGUUUUUGCAUCUUGGUGAAAGCUGUGAUUUCGGUGUCAAUCCUAGGUGUCAUUCCAGAAUACUCGCUUUGUGUUCUCGACGAAUGUUGUGCGAAAAAUUUUGCGAAAGCUUGUUUAUUUAUACCCGCCCUCCCCCCUCGUUUUUUUGCACGUGGACCAAAAAAAAAAAAAGAGUAGGAAUUACUCAAAGUCUGCCUCACCUCGAAGCACUAUUUAAUACCAAUUUGUGAUCCCUUUCGGGAGGAGUUUUAGCGAAAUUUUGUGAUCCUUAUAGAAGAGUUUUUAAUCGAGUGUAGUUGAUUCAUCGGAAAUGUUUUUAGGCAACGCGGAAAAAGGUGUUCCAUAUCUAUAGAAACUUGAAAUACUCUCGUUUCAGCUUGGAUAUAUUGUUUGUGAUUUUUUCCGGCUCCUGAAGUCGUGGCUUUUUUAAAUGGCGAAUUUCUCCCAAUAACCGUAAGGUUUUGUUCUGUUUUUUUUUGCAUAUUAUGGCGCAAAAUCACAAGCAAUGCCUGGGGAAAAAAAAAUCCUGGAAUAAAGAAAAAAAAUCGAGCAAUUUCAUCAAAACAA